CCGGGGCAGCUCAAGCGAACACGGACGGCUGUUGGCGGGCGAGCUCCACACUUGGAGAUAGGCACUGUCAGGUGGUCGCUGGUCGCAAGCCGCCGACCCGUCCCCGCCCACCAUAAAUAACAUGCCUGGUCUGGUCAUUCCCAGAUCUCGUCUCGCCCGUCAAUCCAGCGCACUAUGAAGCCCAAACAGAUCCUCAAGAAGUUCGAGACGGAGCACUCGGGCGGUACCACCGCCGAACGGUUCCUCGCCAACGUCGACCUCCUCCCCGUCACUGACGACAAGAAGACAUGGGACCACUUCUCCUAUGUGUCCUUCUGGGUCGCCGACUCGUUCAACCUCAACACGUUCACUAUCGCGUCGUCGAUGAUUACCGCCGGCCUGAGCUGGUGGCAGGCAUUCAUCUGCGUCAUCAUCGGCUACACCCUCGUCGGACCCCUGCUCGUGCUCAACGCACGCCCGGGAGCAGUGCACGGCAUCGUCUUCCCCGCGGUCAACCGCACAACGUUUGGCCUGUUCGGGUCCUUCUGGCCCGUCUUCAACCGCGCCGGCAUGGCGUGUAUCUGGUGGGGCGUGCAGGCGUGGCUCGGCGGUGAAUGCGUCUACGUCCUUAUCCGCGCCAUCUGGCCGAGCUUUGCGCACAUCCACAACUCGAUGCCCGCGAGCAGCGAGACGACGACAGCCUACAUCGUCUCGUUUAUCAUCUACUGGAUCCUCAGCAUCCCCGUCACCUGGGUCCCCCUGCACAAGCUCAAGUGGCUGUUCAUGGCCAAGGCGGUCGUUGGUCCCAUUGUCGGCUUUGCUCUCUUUGGCUGGAGCAUCUCGCGGGCCGGCGGUAUGGGCCCGGUUCUGAGCCAGCCCAGCACGCUCCACGGGUCGGACCGCAGCUGGGCCAUGCUCGGUGCCAUUUCGGCGUGCACGUCCAACAUGUUCACUGUGGGUAUUGCGCUGCUUUGGUUCCCCAGUACUGACACUACCUUCCAGCUCGUGACCAACGCGCCUGACUUUGCGUCGCGCGCCAAGACCCCCGGCGCCGCCGUGUGGCCUCAACUCAUCGCCCUGCCCCUCGGCUUCACCAUCACUUCGUUCCUCGGUAUUGUCAUUGCAUCAGCCUCCAAGCCCCAGUUUGGCGAGCAGAUCUGGGACGUGGUCAAGAUCAUGGACACGAUGCUCGACCGCGACGGCUCGUCCAAGACGCGUGCUGGCCUCGUUUUCAUCUCGGCGGGCUUCAUCUACGUCCAGCUCAUGCUCAACGUUGCCGCCAACUCGAUCUCGGCUGGGUGUGACCUGACCGCCCUCUUCCCCCGUUUCAUCAACAUUCGCCGCGGGGGAUACCUCUGCAUGAUCGUCGGCAUCGUCAUGCAGCCCUGGCUCAUGUACAAGUCGAGUGCCACAUUUGGCAACUACCUCGGCUCGUAUGGUGUUCUCUUGUCUUGUGUUGCCGGUCCAAUGGUCGCAGACUACUGGCUCGUUCGUCGUGGACACAUGCGCCUUGCCGACCUGUACUCGAGCCGCAAGGACGGCUGGUACUACUACACGUACGGCAUCAACUGGCGCGGAUACGCCGCCUACAUUGCUGGUUUUGCCAUCAACCUCCCUGGCUUCGUCAACGCUAUUAACCCCAAGAUCAACGUCGGCGUCGCUGCCAAGCGGAUCUACACUCUGUCGUGGCUCACGGGCACGGGUGUCUCGGCGCUCGUGUACUACCUCUGCUGCGUCGUCUCCCCGCCACCCGGUAUGAACCGUACCUUUGAGGAGAUCGACGAGAGCGAUUACCGCUCGUACAUCGACGACCAGCGGGUGCCCACGCCAGAUGGCUACUCGUCCGACAAGGGAUCCAAGGAUAUCAAUGUGAACGUGACUGAGGUUUAAAAUGGCUAGAGUUGUGUAGGGUUGUGAUCAGUUUGUAUGUCAAUGAAUGAUUGGUUAAGGCUUG